AUGAAUUCGUUCAAGAAAAUUUUCCAAAAAUCCAACGAUGACCAAACGGCAUCGCUUAAGCACACCAAAUCAAUGCCCUACCUCCUUUCCUCAGAAGGGGGGACGCGCGAACAUCGUUCUUAUUUUCCCAAACCUGUGUACCGUGGAAAGACCCCCCUUAAGAAAUCUGACAUCGUGUACAUCGAGCAAGCUCCAGGGAUGCUCGAGGUCUAUCACGGCAAGCUGUCGCAACACACCUAUUACCAUGAGCCAACUCGCGUGACCCCUGACAAGCGCGAGGACUUGUUGACCAAGUUUCCUCAUUCACCUGAACCAGUUGAGGGGCUCCCUCGCAGCGGCUUCAGAGCGAUUUCUUUGAACUCUCAGAGUAUCAGGCCCCAAGUACCUGUCCAUAAUCCGAGUACAAGUGAAAACAGAGGCAUGAAGGCCUCUGUUGAUCAAGCUUCUGUAGAUGUACUGCAGAUCCCUGACGACCAUAUUCGCAGUGGCAGACUAGCAGAACGUCUUCGCGCCAAGUCGAACACUAGUCGCUCGUACACCCCUGCUCCCCCUGCUCCUAUCACCCACUCUCCACGUCCAAUAAUCUCGCACUCUGCGCACAGCUCGCGUGUAAACGUUCAUCACGUUCCAUCACAUGUUGCCAUGGACUACCGUGAAUUUUUGGAGGAGCGGGAUCCGAACGUCAUUCGUAGAAUGAUCAAUCAAUAUCCUAUAGCGCCUCUUUGCAGUGAACGUACCCCAGAGUACUUGCGCCCCAUUCGUUUUGACAUGGUCGAUCCGCGCUACUUCCAGAAGACAUUUAGGGAGUACGUAGAGAUGGCUGUUGCCCAAGGUCGUCCCCUCGACGCACGCGUGGGUGGCCCUUACCGCCGCAUCAUUGACACGGUCGACCUAAUAGGUAUUAUCCCGGAGACUGGCAGUGGUUGGUCUCGGCAGGUUGUACAUCGGUGA